CGCCGCCUCGCAACAUUUCCCCCAGAAUUUCCGUCGGAAAGGCUGUCGCUCGGCUUUUUGCUCGGCUCCAUGCUCCUCGCCGCCGCCCACCCAGGAAAACACUCAAAUUAACCCGAACGAUUCCGCCGCCCAUCCCCGGACGGCCGCCCUACCACCGGGGAAAACGUGCCCCACGAGAAAGAGAGAGAGAGGGAGAGAGAGAGAGAGAGAGACGCCCUUUUUCACCGUAUCUGAAGCCCUGGAAGGAAUCCUGUCCCUGAAGAAUCAUCUGGAAAUCUUCCGUUGUAAGCACUUGGAGCAACACACCAUUGUGGAAGUGAAUGGCGAACCACGCGGGCGUUUAGCCAAGAGUGAACUCCGUUGGCGUAGAACAGAGACCCACCCAAAAAGCAGGAAGCAAAUGGGCUGUCUUCCAAGGCGUGAAUGAAAGGCUGAAAAGCAGUCUCAAUCAGAGAACAAAAAUAGGGCGAGAACAGGGCUGCAGCACACCAAACACGAUUACUUUCAUGUGGAAGCAAACUUAGGAACAUCUCACUUGGGCGUCAACAAAUAUCGUGUGAAAGACGAGAGGGAUCCGCAGGAGAAGUUUCAUGCGGGGCCUCACAUCCUUUCGUCAUGUAUGAAGGACCGGCCGCUUGCACCUACCAGAAUCCGCUGGACUUGAAGAGGGGCCUUCUCUCACACAACCUGCAGAAUAAAGCUCAGGGGUUAACGCUUGGAAGUGGAUCAACCAUGAUGACGUCACCGCUGAAUAUCAAAAGCGAGGAGAUGAUGACCCCUGAUUGGUCGACUUGUACUUACAGAUUCCCAGGCCUGAGCUGUGCCGCGGGGGGCAUGGAUCCCUUGAAAGCUGUUACGAGCAUGGGCAUGGGCAUGGGAGGAGGACGAGAAGACACUAAAGUAGGCGGAUAUACCUCUACUCUCUUACCCCAUCUUCGCCCACAUUCAGACGCCCACUCCACCCAUCUCCGGACACACGCCGAAGCCCCUACGAGUGACCAUGUGACUACGACCACCAGCAACAGCAACGUUUCCCUUCCGUCGGCCACCUCCACCCCGGACGGCCGAGACACUCCACACGACCACAAGGUUCCAGAUGGAAGUUUGGUGCGAGAUAAGGGUCUGUCUUCCAUCCUAAAUGGAGGAGUCAAGUCGUGCGUUGGAAUGGGCGUUGGAGGGACAGCGGCGUCCGACACUUCUCUCAGGUCUGCUAACAAGACAGACCCGAGCUAUAAGUCGGCCUGGGGAUCACCGGCGUCACCCGCUUCUCAGUCCCAAGGAUACCCACACAACGGACUGGGCAUGACAAAGUCAACUUUAGAUGCACACAGCCCACAUCUGCGACAGCCAGAUCCAUAUCAGAUGUUUGGUCCAACCAGCAGUAGACUCGCAAGCUCAGGUUCAGGCCAAAUCCAGCUGUGGCAAUUCCUGCUGGAACUUCUGUCCGAUUCCUCCAACGCGAACUGCAUCACGUGGGAGGGAACCAACGGCGAAUUCAAACUAACCGAUCCGGACGAAGUGGCCAGGCGAUGGGGCGAAAGGAAGUCCAAACCAAACAUGAAUUAUGACAAGCUCUCUCGGGCGCUCAGAUAUUACUACGACAAGAACAUCAUGACGAAGGUCCACGGGAAGCGUUACGCCUACAAGUUUGAUUUCCAAGGCCUAGCCGCGGCCACCCAGCCUGCCGGAGCAGACCCCACAUACAAAUACCAGAGUGAUUUGUUCAUGUCGUCAUACCACCCGACCACCAAACUCAACUUCAUGAGCACCCACACUGGAAUCCCAGCCUCCACAGCCAGCAUAUUCCCGUCUCCGACGUCCUACUGGACCAAUCCGAGCGCCAACCUGUACUCCAACAUCGCGGCGGCUUCUGGACACUCGAUGACCCACCACCCAACUCACAUGACGUCACACAUCUCUUCCGCCUAUCCGCACUACGCAUGACAGUCUCUUUUCUCCAACUGGUGCACGCAGCAGUCACGUGACUCCGUCUCACUUCCUGAUUGGUCCUCGAGCUUUCAGCAGGUAACCAGUUUGGAGGAGCAGCAGUAAAAUACAAGAAAACUAUAAAAACGAAAAAGAAGGUGAAGAAACCUUACACAAAUGGAAACUGUGAAUACAUAAGUUUUGAAAAAGACUAAAUUUCAUACCGGUUCGAAGUAACCUUUGAGAGUGGCGAUCCCAAUUAACUUCUAGUCAUUUAUACCAAAAUGUGUACUACGAGUGAACCAAGAGAAAGAUUCAAGUCGGGUCAGUGUAUGUGAUGUGAACCAUAGAAUGUAAUUUGCCAACUUAUUUAUUAAUACAUAUAUAACCAUGAACCCUUCAAACAUGUAUGCUUGUGUCAGUUGCCAAAGGCUGUACUACACCGUUCUCGUGGUCGAAGCCGUCAAAGAUAUAUGUGUGUGUAUAUAUAUAUAACAAUGUGAAUAAGUGACUGAGAAUGAUGACUUAGUUCGUAAAAGUACCGAUGGCAUUGAACUCACUUCGGUCGUCUGUGUGGCAGAUCUUUUUCAAUCUUCCCUCUGGCGACCCAACCCUUUCUUACGCUAGACCUCUCGUAGUUCUGCAUACUUCUUCUCCCCUCACCCCCUUCCUCCACGUCCGUCUGACGCCCCUCCCUCCUCCUCUCCCCUCUCCCUGCAAGAUGCAGACCAUAUGAAUAGUACUGCUCAUAUUUGGAGAACAAAAUGCCAAGGAAAUGGUUAGAGAAAAGCACAAAAAAAUGAAAAGAUGCGAGAGAGAGUGGUUAUGUUUCGUGGGUGAGUGUCCAAUUUUAUGACGUGUUGUGACUUUGUAAAACUCCUGAAUUCCCGAAAGGCGCUCGUAUGGGAAUUAUUAUUUAUUAUUAUAUGCUCUCCCUUUCUUUUUCUUUUUUCUUUUUUUACCAUCCGUAACGCCCUCUUGAUUUUGUGCUGUACAUAAGGAAAAGAAAGAAUGUCUCCCUCUCAUAUUUCUCUGGACAUUUUGGUCGUUUCCGCUCCCCUCUGUCCGGUACAGUAAUGCUCUCUCUCUCUCUCUCUCUCUCUCUCUCUCUCUCUCUCUCUCUCUCUCUCUCUAGUCAGUUGGUGGGACCAAGUAUAAUCCCAUCGAAGUGAUAAUUAUAAGUCAGUGGUUUUUGUGGAGAUGCUGAAUCAGUACCCAUCCCUGGGACCUUACAGUUGUUCUACGGUGGCAUGAAGGUAAGACUCUCUCUCUCUCUCUCUCUCUCUCUCUCUCUCUCUCUCUCUCUCUCUCUCUCUCUCUGGAAAGAAAAAUAAUUUUUUUCUUCCUUGGAGCUCAUUCAUGAGAAAAUUUGAACUGAUAGCAACUCCUUCCUUUCGAGUUUUUCCCCGCAAUGGAAGACCUAGUGCUAUGAACUGAGUCAUGAUUGGAUGAAAAUCUCAUGUGUCUAUCUAUCGUCUGCCUUCGUGCAUUGUAGUCAACUUCCUCACUCAAUCUUCCAAAGAAGCAGGUGUUUACGGGACUCAUUUACAGACAGUUUCCCCAUAUGAGCUGUAAAUAAUUGUAUAUAAAUAAAUGAUAGACAGAAAGAUUAGCUAUAGAUUCUCCCCGACCCUUUUCAAUGUGAUGAUUCAUAUUAAUGGUUCAUAAUAAUGUCGGCGUAUUAUAGAAAGCCUUUUUGUAUUGAAUAUUCUUCUUUUUGUAAUGAAUAUGAACAGGUACUGCUUACAGCCUAACUGUAUGAGUUACAAAACCAAAGACUUUCCUAUUGUGUUAAUUAGUUUAAGGAGAUUUCAGUGUAAUUUAUUGUAGAUACCUUAGAUGUCACUGGUUUCAUUUCUCUUCAUUUAUGCAUUCUCAGAGAUGUAUUUUCCUUAUCAUUAUUUUUGUUCUGAUAAGAGAUGAAUAGUACGGUUUUUAGACUUGCUUAUUCUCUCUCUCUCUCUCUCUCUCUCUCUCUCUCUCUCUCUCUCUCUCUCUCUCUCUCUCUCUCUCUCUCUC